UAAGAGUAGCUAUCCUCCUGUGAAACCCUUCGUCAUACAUAAUAUUGCAUUUUACCUUACGACAUUAUUGGCGAUUUGAAGGUUAGGUACAAUGAAUCAUGAUACAAAUAUACGUAUAUUUGUAUGAUGGCAAUAAAUAAAUUGAAUGUAAAUAUAAAUAAAGAGUUAUAUGAAAGGAGGUAUGGAUCUGAGGGCUAAUUUGAUGAUAUUAAAGGAUGGAAAGUGGUCUGAUCCAGUAAAAAGGGCUAACAAGUGGAGUGAUGAGAAAACCAUUGGCUUUGUGCAGGCCUACAAGUCAUUCCCUUGUCUGUGGAAUUUUGGUAGCGAGAUGUACAAGGAUAGGGAUGCCAAGGAGUCAUCAUACAAUGCACUUAGUGAGCAAUUUGAACUUAAUGUACAGGAAAUUAAGUAUAAGAUAAAGAACCUACGAUCCACCUAUUUCCAAGAGAUGAAGAAAAUUAAGCACUCUAGAAAGUCAAACAAAGAGUACUCCUCUAAAUUAAUAUGGUUCAAUGAAAUGUCCUUUCUGCAGAAAACUGCAAGAAGUGCCAUGACCAGAAACGAGAUGGUUUUUCCAUCUAAUGGUUUGCUAUGGGGGACCGAGCAGAAAAGACUCGACGAUGGUGUCUCGAGCGAGGAAAACCCUAAGAUAUUUAUAGAAGAUGAAUAUGACGUGUUCGGAAAGCACGUAUCGCAACAGCUGCGUAAAAUGGAUCCAUGCAGGGCGAUGAGAGUAGAAGCUAGUAUACAAUAUUUGCUCUCCAAAGAGCGACUGGAAGAGUUACAAUCUUCGGCUGGCCAAGUUAAAAUCGAAUGUCCGGAUUCGCCGUUCUGCAACACGAACGAUGAUCAUAGUCGCGUAUAAGAAUCAAAAAGUUGCAGGAA